UUUGAUAUAAUUUAAAUAUUAAAAUACUAAAUUAUUAAAAAUAAUAACAAUAAACAAGUAAUUAAAUAUAUAAGCAUGCAAAUGGAAACUUCAAUUAAUAAUUCUAUGGACCUUGGAAGAGGUUUAGUAACAGAUUAAUCAGAAAUAUAGUUAUCUGAUAUGAAAAGAACAUAAAAAGAAAGUGAUUAAAAUAAGGCCUUAAAGAAUGGUUAAUGGGUUUACAAUUUCAAUAAUGGAGACAAGUAUGAUGGAGAAUGGAAUAAUGAUUAAAUGGAUGGAGUUGGCAAACUUUAGUAUAAAGAUGGUUCUGUAUUUGAAGGAAGAUUUUCUAAAAAUAAGCGUAGUGGUUAUGGUGUCUAUCGCUUUUCUAAUGGUAAUUACUACGAAGGUUAAUGGUAAGAUGGACAUCAAGAAGGAUUUGGUGUUUUUAAGUUUUUUAAUGGUGAGAAAUAUGAAGGGUAGUUUAAAGAAGGAAUGUUUGAUGGCCAAGGAAUUUACUACUACAAAUCAGGAAAUAAAUAUGUUGGAAAUUGGAAAACUGAUAAAUGGCAUGGAGAAGGAGAGUAUUAUUUUAAUAGUAAUGGUGACAAAAAAAAGGGAACUUUUGAUUAAGAUGUUCUAAUAGGCUAAUUUACUUAUUACUAUAAAGACGGUAGAGUUGAACAAAAAGAUAAUUGA